UCUCUCUCUCUCUCUAGAAUUUCCAGAAAGACAGAUCAAAAGGUACAGUUCACCCCAUGUCUGCAACAUCAUCAUCAUCUUCUUUUUCUUCAACAACUGAGAGUGUGUGUGAAGGACUUGAGUUCUCAGAGUCCAACAACAUCCUUCUCAUGGCUUUAAUGGAAGAAACUCAGGAAGAUCAGUAUUAUGCAGAUGAAAGGCUCAUGAGUAUGAUUCAAUCAUUGGAGGCGGAGCUCAUUUCCACUACUAGCAGUGCUGCCGAUCCAUACCAGAUCUAUGAGAUAGAGGUGGGACAGAUGGACGAUCAGGAUUGCUCCACAUCAUCACUAUCAUUCAGUACUCAUGAUCAUGGGGACGAUAUGGAAGUUAUCUCUGCUAAUUCUUCUUCUUCUUCACCAUCAUGUUCAUUUGAUGAAGAAAUGAUGAAUGCAUGGAACUUUUGUGCUGCUGGUGGGGAUGAUAAUGGUGACUUCUGCUAUGGAGUUCUGUUGGAGAAUUGCUCUCCCCAGGAAACUAGUGAUAUAGUGUUCUGACAUGUUCAUAAGAAAUUAGAGAAAUUUGAAUUUUAAUCAAUAUGUACCAAAAAGAAUAUGUAUUCUUUCUCCUUAUAUAUGUAAAUAUAUACACUUUGAAGCUAA